AUGAAUCUCCAGAACGCGCCAUCUCAACUCGGAACGUUCCACGAUGGGGCUCUCCGGCAGUAUGCCAUCUUCAAUGAACAGGCCUGCGUGGCAAUCCCCGAUAAUCUAUCCUACAGAGAAGCAGCCACCCUUCCGUGCGCUGCAUUGACCGCGUGGAAUGCCCUGUACGGCGGAUCUAGAAUCUUAAAGCCCGGAGAGACAGUCUUGACUCAAGGAACCGGUGGAGUAAGUAUUUUUGCUCUGCAAUUUGCAAAACUCGGCGGAGCUCAAGUCAUUGCGACGACAAGUACUGCUGCCAAGGCCGCCAGGCUAAAGGGACUAGGCGCGGACCAUGUGAUAAACUACAAUGAAGAUGCUAUGUGGGGACAGACAGCCAGAAAUUUGUCGUAUCGCGGCCUGGGCGUCGAUGUUAUUGUUGAGAUAGGCGGCGGGGGAACCCUACGUCAGUCGAAGCUGGCUGCUGCCAUCGGAGCAGAGCUGGCGAUGGUUGGUGCUCGUGCUGAUGCUAAAGAAGGCCAGAUGUCUCCAGAGAGCUAUGAAGAGGAGAUGAUUAACCGUCGAAGGAUUUUGGUCGGAAGCCGGCACUUACAGGAGGAGAUGAAUAGGCUGAUUCAGCUAUCUGGACUCAAGCCUGUCACUGACGAGAAAGUGUUUUCCUUCGCUGAAGUCAAAGAAGCAUACCGCUACUUGCAAGAAGCAAGGCAUUUCGGGAAGGUGGUUGUGAAUAUAAUUUAG